AUACAGUGCCUGAAGUCUGAGAGAAUAACACUUGAACUAAAAGAGUCUAAACAACAUUGACAUCAUGUUAAGGGAACACAGAAACCCCAGUAGCUUGUUUAGCUUCUUGUGUGCAGAAUGAGAGCCAGUAAACAGCCUUGCAUACACUGGCAUGACGUAAACAGUAGAGUUAAUCUUAGAGCAAAGCAACACGGCGGGAACAACCUGAGCGGCUGCCCAUCGGCGCUUAUAAAUUGGAGGAGUCAAGUGACAGCUCGCCAGAAGUCUGUAACCCCAACCAGGAACUCUUUGGAAUACCUACUGCAUGAAUACAGGCUAACCUUCUAUCAUUUUUCCGCACCGAAUUUGGAGUUGGAGAUUUGUACAACAAGGUAAAUAAACUGGCGACGCUUUUGAAAAAUGGGACUGUCAUAGUAAUAACAGGUGCUUGUUAGUUAUAUUGCCAUUAGAGCGUCUGCCUACAUUGGAGUCCGCCAAACUUUUUCUAAGCGUUCUCCUUUCAUCACCUACAGUGGUAUGCUACUUUGGGAUAUUAUUCUAAACUCCACAGUUUUUAUGGCCAAAGACAUCUCAAGUGGAAAACAACUGACACAACAGAGAAGAAUCCCCAUUGAAAAAACCUGAGGUAUUUACCUAAGAUGUUCCAAAACAACAUUUGAUCGAAUAAGAUACUGCAACUUUUGCGCUCACAGAAGAAGCAGAGAUGGUCGGAAUCAAGCCCACAGACUUGGCCCCAACAUUCACGGUGAAGUUCUUUGGCGCUGGAAUGGCGGCAUGUAUCGCUGACUUGGUGACCUUUCCCCUGGAUACGGCCAAAGUGAGGCUUCAGAUCCAGGGAGAGGCCAAGCCAGCGGAAGGAGCAGUGGGAGUGAAAUAUCGGGGUGUUUUCGGCACCAUCAAGACCAUGGUGCGCACUGAAGGCCCGCGGAGCCUCUACAAUGGUCUAGUGGCUGGACUGCAGAGACAAAUGACCUUCGCCUCGGUCCGCAUCGGCCUCUAUGACUCUAUGAAGCAGUUCUACACUCGAGGAUCUGAAAAUGCAAGCAUCGUGAGUCGGUUGCUGGCUGGUUGUACGACGGGGGCCAUGGCCGUGGCGUUUGCGCAGCCUACAGAUGUUGUGAAGGUGCGCUUCCAGGCCCAAGUUCGUGUAGCUGAUGGAGCGAGGAGAUACAACAGUACACUGGACGCCUACCGGACCAUAGCUCGGGAUGAAGGUGUCAAAGGACUAUGGAAAGGCUGCAUGCCGAAUAUCACCCGAAAUGCCAUCGUCAACUGCGCUGAGCUGGUCACCUAUGACAUCAUUAAGGAGCUGAUACUGAAGUACGAUCUAAUGACAGAUAACCUGCCGUGCCACUUCACGGCUGCGUUUGGAGCUGGUUUCUGCACCACCAUUGUGGCCUCUCCGGUGGAUGUGGUGAAAACCCGCUUCAUGAACUCCUCUCCGGGGCAGUACAGCAGUGCCAUUAACUGUGCCAUUACCAUGCUGACCAAAGAAGGACCAACAGCCUUCUAUAAGGGGUUUAUGCCCUCGUUUCUUCGUCUGGGAUCCUGGAACAUUGUGAUGUUUGUCUCCUACGAGCAAAUCAAGAGAGCCAUGACAAGAGCGCAGCAGUCGUGGGAGUCGCCCUUUUGAACUGACCCUGCAUGACGAAGGCCUUAAAACGAUAUGAAGGAUAACGUGCUGUCCCUUAGAAUCCGAUCAGUCCCCAGAGAGGGCUAUACGAUACGGGUGUGUGGAAAUCCUUUGUGGUGGUGGGAGAAGACUCAGAUGACAGUAUGGGAGUAAGUUUUAUCUUAAACAUGGACUGAGGAGAAAAAAAGACCAGUAAAGAUAACCCACUGUGGAUUUAGGCCAAAGGUCACGCUUACCACUACUAGAAGACGGGUUAUCAGGCAAAUGCAGGACGCUGCACUAUCUAACUUGAGCUAAGGCACACAAAAAAUGACUGUGAGGUCAAGAACCACUGGGAAAUAAGGACACUUUCCAAGAGAAGCGAAAAACAUAUGAAUACUUUUCCUAUAGGGCUGUGCAUUCGUCUCCUCUGUAGAGCUAUCAUAUAUAUUCUGUCAUAUACAAAAGUACAGUGACGUUUACAGAAGUGUUAGUGCUUCACAGCAGUGUUUACAAGUGCUAUGAACUUAUGAAUGUGGGGUCCAUAGCUGGUGAAUGUAUGUUAUUAUGUUAUGAACGCACAUCUACUGAUUAAUUGUUAAAAACAGUCUUUUAUAUAAUGUCCAUUCCUGUCAAUAAAAACAAGAACUGAAAUUGCAUUAGUCAAGGCAGCGUGCUUACUCAGGAUUAAUCAAAUAGGGCCCAGCUUGCCCUCGAUAACUGGGAGAGAGAGCGCUCAGUGUGAUUCUCACUCUACCAUUUAAUAAAUAAACUAUUUGCUAAGAUGCUUUCAGCCAACAAUCACUCUAAAAUUAUCACUGAAAACUAUGCAUAAUCUGUGAAUUUUGUCUGAAAACACACUAUGAAAGCAUUCAAAUUGAACAGAAUGUGCCAAAUGUUAAAUUCCAAUAAUGCAUUCAAACUUAAUGUUAAUUCAAAUUGUUUGGCUACAUCAAACAACUGUAAUCAAAAGACUAAAACAGCUGAUAAGUCAAUCACUGACACUUACUCAGCCUGACUUAUCAGUAAUUUCAUUAUUUUGCACUAUAAUCAAGUCAGUGUUGACCUGAAGAGAUUUUAGGAGCCAUGGGGCUAUUUUUACAAUGUAGGUCAUUAGCUAGACAGACAGGUCUAAAAAUAAAUAAGUCCUAAAACUUAUUUAUGAGUAGCAACAAGAGAUGUUCAUUCCGUUUUCAUAUCUUGUACAAAUAAGACACUUUUUCCAGCACUUUAAUAAAAAUGUUGAAUCUGAGACUAUA